AUAGAAAGUUAACCUAUUGUCCGAUCCCCAACACAAUAUUUGCACUCACACCACUCAGUGCCAUACACAGGUGCAUAUUCUUCGCAUCAUUUUAUGUUUUGGGGUGGUUUUGGCGUCCUUAAUUAAGAUGGCGCCUGCAUAGAUACGUAUCGCACUGUAACCUGCAACGCCAUGACGAGCAGCUGUCGUGUAUAAUCGUGUGCAAAAUAGAAAUAAACAUGAAAUCUUCAGGACUGAUCUUCGUUAUAAUCGGGCUUUCUCUUUUGUAUAUAGUGGAAGGAAAUGUAAUAAGUCUGGGAAGCAUGCUCGGAUGGCUAGAUCCGAAGCUUCAUUCUAUAUUUGGAGCUUAUGGAAGAUUCAAUGGAUAUGGUUGUUACUGUGGAAUUGGUGGGACAGGAUUGCCUAAAGAUGAAAUAGACUGUUGUUGUCAGCAGCACGAUGCCUGUUAUCAGAGUUUAUCAGACGAAGGAUCGUGUACAAACAAAGGAACAUUCAGUCAUCUUUAUCCAUUCACUAAAUACACAAAGGAUGGAAGACCUCACAUCAAAUGCACGGAAUCUAACGACCCAUGUGCCUACGAACUCUGCCAAUGCGAUCGAUCGGCUGCUAUUUGUCUAUCUAAACAUGAAUCCAAAUACGAUAUUCAGUAUAAGAAUUACAACCGGAAGACAAAAUGUGAGAGACGGAAGUGGAUGCAAGCUGACUUUUGUCCACUAGAAUAAGAAGGAGCGGCACCAGCGUAUUUUGACUUUUUUAAGGGAGGGGGGGCAGAUAAUAUAUAUUCUUUUAAUUACAGUGGUAAUAAAGAGUUCAAUACACGAUCAAAAACUCUUUUUUAUUCUCUUUUGUCUUCUAUUCUCCCUUUCUUUAUCUGUUAUGGUCUUUCUCGUCUUUCUUCUACUUUGUUUUUACUAUUUGGAAAACAAUAGAGGCGCCCUUAAGCGCCGCCCCUAAUAUGCAGUCAAUAAACUUUCCAACAUGAAUACCACCGAUCCACCUAUCUGUUCGACAAUUUCAUACAUUUGAGUAUGUUGCUACAGCCACUCUGAAACACACUCCAAAUCGACCGGUUGUGGAUACCAUUGGUGGAAAUAACGUCCUAGCUUUGAUCGGCCGUCUGGGUCCCGUAACACAAAGAUUAGCGAUUAAUCGCUAAAUGAAAUGGCCUAUCAAGAUCAUCGUUGCAUGAGCAUUUUGCUCAGUGGACUGACUAGGAAGCAAUCAGAAUUGUUCUUUCAAAAUUAGUGAUUAAUCCUAACCAUUGUGUAAUUUACGGAAGUCGGGGCACAGAAGGACAUAACUCACUGCUUAUGGCAUUUUGAGAAAUCGCAUCAACUAAUCAGUAUAUAGCACCAUGGACUUACUGGAAAUGAUAAAGCCUUCAAAUUCUUUUAAAAUUAAGACUCUAAAGUCUUAAAUUCAAUCCAUAUUCAUAUUGCAUAACAAAACAACAACGACAAAGAUUUCAUCACAUCUCAGUCAUGUUAAUGAAGUAAAUAUUUUGUUACUAAAACACGCAGUCGCACAUAUGAUUUACAACAUUUUACUUGGAUCAUCAAACACAACUUUUCUCAAAAUCAUUGGUGUAUUCUGAGAAUUCCAGUAGUUAACACCUUUGGUUUUUCAGCCACCUUAUUAUACCCAUUCACAAGUUUAUGCAAAUAAUUAUGUUGACAGGUUAAAAGGGAAGGGAAGGAAAAAGAGAAGUAAAAACAGAAAUUAGGGAGUAUAAACAAUAAAAGUAUUAGUUUUAUAUAGCACUAUUUUUCCCUCUGUGUUUAAUUUGACAAAGGAUAGCGUCACCUUAUGUCUGUACAUAUACAUGUAUUAUGAGAAUCAUGUUGUAAUUUAAAUUGUAUAAAAGAAUUGUAAAAAAUGUAUAUGUAAAUUAAUAUUUUGUUGUAAACAA